AACUUUUGUUGACAUUCCGUCGUCACUUCUGUCUCUGAAGCCGGAACCUCAAGGUUUUUUUGUAUCAUCUGGAAACUCGCAUUUAGCUUCAAUGGGAAAGGGAACGGGAAGUUUCGGAAAGAGGAGAAACAAGAGUCAUACACUCUGCGUCAGAUGUGGACGUCGUAGUUUCCACAUCCAGAAGAGUCGUUGCUCUGCUUGUGCUUACCCCGCCGCUCGCAAGAGGACAUACAACUGGAGUGUGAAGGCAAUCCGUAGAAAGACUACUGGAACUGGAAGGAUGAGGUACCUUCGCAACGUCCCUCGCAGGUUCAAGACUGGUUUCAGAGAAGGUACCGAAGCGAAGCCAAGAAUCAAGGCAGCAGCUUCAUCAGCUUAAACUUGUUUUCGAGCAUCAGUUGGAGAGUUUGUUUGUUAAACUUAGAUUUUGGCUGGCUCUGAGUUUGUUUAUUCGAAAAUUUAUUAUUAUCAAGUAUCUGAUUAUGACUAUCUUUUUGUGUGUUUUUUGCUUUUUUAUAAAGACUUGGACGAGUUUUCAAUUUGCAAGUCUUUUAAGUUCUAUCUAGGAAUUAUUGUUUAUAAUAA